AUGUCUUUUUGGGACGAGCACAAGGCUGGAAUUAUAAGUGGAGCUAAAACAGUCGUUAAGACAACCGCAAGUGCCACCAAAGGAAUUGCCAAAGGUGGAUACAAUGCCUAUAAAAACAGAGAAGGCAAUACGAAUUCAUCAUCUAGCAGAGGUUCAACUGUUGAUCAUUCAUCUGUUCCCUUAUCAUCGUUAAAAGAUCCACAUAACUUUCCGGCUCCACCCAAGCAUCGUGAUUGGAAUAGGACCGAAGAAGACCAACUGGAACCGAGAAUGAGCUUUGAGCAGCAAGGCCAGGGCUAUCAGCCAAAUCAACAAAUGGGUAAUUCUACAAAUUAUCAGAAUCAGGGUUAUCAGAAUCAGAAUUAUCAGAAUCAGAAUUAUCAGAAUCAGAAUUAUCAGAAUCCACCGAAUUAUCAGAAUCCCCCGAAUUAUCAAAGUCCACCAAAUUAUCAAAGUUUACCAAACCAGCAAAAUCCACCACCUUACCAACAAAACCAGAAUUAUCAUCCCAUGAAUCAGCAGCCAAAUACAUAUAGCAACCCUCAGCGGCAAACACAAUAUCCUCACCAACAAUCUCAGUAUGCACCUCAACCUCAAUUUCCAAAUCCUCCUCAACCACAAAAACAGCAAGCUCAAUAUCCUCCUCAACCACCACAGCAACAAGCACAAUAUCCUCCUCCACAAUCUCAAUAUUCUCCUCAACAAGUUAAAUAUCCUCCUCAACAAUCUCAAUACACUCCUCCACCUCCUCAACAAUCUCAAUAUACUCCUCCACCCCCUUCACCCCCUCAAUCUCAGGCUAAACCUCCUCCCUCCUACCAAGGCUCACAACAAGUACAAAGUUCCCCUCGGCAUCCCUACACCAGACCAGCACCUCCUCUUCCGCAAGCUGUUUCUCCCCCACCUCAGUCAAACUCGCAGUCACCACAACCAGUUCUUCCUCCAAGGCAAGCAUCAUUCCAGUCCCCGCCGACCCGGACUGCGUCGAUCGACUCCAACCCGCCUGCUGCACCACAAAUGUCUGCCUCCCGGAGUUUCUCCCCAACUCCAGAUGCCCCGGCUUAUGUGCCACAGUCCAACUACUCGGCAUCCCAAGCAUCCCGCCCACAUCUCUCGGGAAAAAUGCAAAAGACGGCCAUUGGAUUUGAUGAAAAAAUUGAGGAGCCCAAGUUCAAAACCAGUCUUACCGACUUCAGCGUCUCGAAAUUCGGUCCACCGCCUCCAAGAGCGCACCGCUCUCAGGAUGUGAUUGACAGAGAGAGGAGAUUAAAAGAGGAAAAAAUCAGAGAGCAGCAAAUCCGAAAGGAUGCCAUGGAUAGAGCCAGAGAGUCUUUGCGCAUCUCUGCACCAGCACAGCCACAGUUGAACUCACCGAUGCAGCCACCUCGUCAGUUUGGCAUCCAGCAACUAUCUGCGCAGUCUGAGGCUCCACCCAGAUCGAAUUCUGCCACUCCUCCACCUCCAUACGUAUCUUCUCCUCCAUCUGCACAUCAAAGUGUGGACAAAUCUUCAACUUUGGGCCACAUAUCACCUCAAAAUGCUUCUGAUUCUCCAAUGAAUUCACCUCCAGUGUCUUCCCCGCCCCCAUCAUUUCAUCAUGUGUCUUCUCCUCCUCCAACUCAUCCACGUCCAAACUGGUCUCAGCAGGAUCAGCAGUCACAUGCUUCUUCGGGAUCGCCAUCAGCAGGCCUUUCUCCAGAUGAGCUUAAGAAACUGGUUGCUAAGAAGAAGAAGAAGACGCCACCGGCAAGGCCACCAAAAAAGCCAUCUCUUACUGCUAAACUUAGUUCCCAGAACUCCGUUCAAACUCCUAAAAAAGAUUCAACUCCAGGCUCGCCAUCUUCAACAGCCAAUGGUAGCCAUAUUAGGGAGUUGCAGCAACGGCUAAACAAUCUUAACUUGGGUUAG